GUUGUUUCGGCUCUAGUCAAUUGUUAAUCAAAGUGGGUCUAAUGCUGUGAGCGUUCGCAACGUCAUGUCCUUGAUAGCGGAUACAUGAACUUCGCUUCCUGUGCGUUAGUAUAGACGAUAGACUCUUGGCAUAGAUGGCGAGGUACACAAUAUAUCCUAGCCUAGAAGGCAAGAACGUUAUCAUUACAGGUGGAGCAGAGGGUAUAGGAGCCGCCGCGGUCGAGCUCUUCUGUCAACAAGGCAGCAAUGUCUUCCUGUUCGAUAUAUCCGAGGGGUCUGCGACAAAACUGAUCGAACAGAUCAAGAAGGGAGCGGAAGGCUCAACAGAUCAACAUCCUGGGAUGCCGAAAGUCACCGUGCCAACGUUCUAUCAUUGUGAUGUAACCAACCUUGACCGGCUGAAGGAACUGGCGAAGAAAGUCCUCGACGAACACGGACCAGUACACGUACUCGUCAACAACGCGGCGGCAGCUGGAGCAAAGUCCCGCGUACCCUUGGCUGGAGUCACGCCGGAGUUGUGGGACCAGGACCUGGCCACGAACCUGCGACACCACGUCUUCUUAACGCAGGCCAUCGUACCAUCCAUGCAGAAGCUCGGCUCUGGAAGUGUCAUCAACAUGGGUUCUAUCAAUUGGCGGAUACCCGCCGCUGGUCUACCGCUCUACACCAUGUGCAAGGCAGCUAUCAUGGGCUUGACCAAGUCUCUGUCGAAGGAGUUCGGCAAGGACAACAUCAGAGUCAAUAGCGUCAUGCCCGGAGCCAUCGCCACCGAGCGACAGAUCAAGGAGGUGCUGACGCCGGAGUACAGGGAGGAGGUUAUGACGAACCAGAGCCUGAAGCGAGAUCUGAAACCAGAUGAGGCAGCAAGAGUUAUCUUGUUCUUAGCGAGCGAUGAUGCCAGCGGAGUCACGGGCAGCUCUUACGUCGUUGAUGGUGGUUGGGUAUCUGAUCCUUGAAUAGGAAUGACUAAAAGCGUUCGGGACAAACGACUACACUCUACGCGUCAUUGUUACCUCGUUCAGCCGUUGUCCACUUCCACCCCG